GGAGGUUAGCCGAGGCAGCUACAGCGGCGGCGGCGUAGGGGCUGGUACGCGCUGGGCGGCGAGAGCCUCAUGGCGGAGGAAGAGAGCGAUCAAGAGGCCGAACGCCUCGGAGAAGAGCUCGUGGCCAUUGUGGAGUCCCCGCCAGGCCCUGUUGGGCUUAGAGCUGCGGGUGACGGCAGAGGUGGCGCUGGCAGCAGCAGCUGCGGUGUCGGCGGCUUCGGGAUCAGCAGUCGGGAUUACUGCCGACGCUUCUGUCAGGUGGUUGAAGAUUAUGCUGGAAGAUGGCAGGUCCCCUUGCCACAGCUUCAGGUUCUUCAGACUGCACUUUGCUGUUUUACAUCAGCCAGCGCAUCAUUCCCAGAUGAAUGUGAGCACGUACAGUAUGUUUUGAGUAGCCUUGCUUUGAGCUUCUUUGAGUUGCUGCUGUUCUUUGGAAGAGAUGAGUUUUAUGAAGAGCCUCUAAAGGAUAUUCUUGGAUCAUUCCAGGAAUGCCAGAAUCACCUCCGCAGAUAUGGAAAUGUGAAUCUGGAACUGGUGACUCGAAUCAUUAGAGAUGGUGGCCCAUGGGAAGAUCCAGUGUUGCAAGCUGUUCUUAAAGCCCAGCCAGCAUCUCAGGAGAUAGUGAACAAAUAUUUAAGUUCUGAAAACCCACUGUUCUUUGAACUACGUGCCAGAUACCUAAUUGCUUGUGAACGCAUACCUGAAGCAAUGGCUCUUAUUAAAUCUUGUAUAAAUCACCCAGAAAUCAGCAAAGACUUGUACUUCCAUCAAGCACUCUUCACAUGUUUGUUUAUGUCGCCUGUAGAAGAUCAACUAUUCCGGGAGCAUUUGUUGAAAACUGAUUGUAAGAGUGGAAUUGAUAUCAUCUGUAACACUGAAAAAGAAGGCAAGACUAUGUUAGCCUUGCAGCUCUGUGAAUCCUUUCUUAUUCCGCAGCUCCAGAAUGGGGAUAUGUAUUGUAUCUGGGAGUUGAUUUUCAUAUGGAGUAAACUUCAGCUUAAGUCUAAUCCUUCAAAACAAGUUUUUGUAGAUCAAUGCUACCAGCUUUUAAGAACAGCAACUAAUGUGAGAGUCAUAUUUCCUUUCAUGAAAAUCAUUAAAGAUGAGGUUGAAGAAGACGGCUUACAAAUUUGUGUCGAAAUAUGUGGUUGUGCUCUACAACUAGAUCUUCAUGAUGAUCCCCAAACUAAAUGUUUAAUAUAUAAAACAAUUGCACAUUUUUUGCCAAAUGAUUUGGAGAUCCUCAGGAUUUGUGCACUCUCGAUAUUUUUUCUUGAGCGCUCCCUAGAAGCCUAUCGUACUGUUGAAGAGCUUUACAAACGUCCAGAUGAGGAAUAUAACGAAGGCACAAGUAGUGUUCAAAAUCGUGUUCGUUUCGAAUUACUUCCAAUUUUGAAAAAGGGAUUGUUUUUUGAUCCUGAAUUCUGGAACUUUGUAAUGAUUAAGAAAAACUGUGUAGCAUUAUUGAGUGAUAAAUCAGCAGUUAAAUUUCUAAAUGAAAGUACACUGGAAAAUUCUACAGGUAAUCUAAAAAAGGCAGUGGAACAGCAAGGUUUAGAUGAAGGGCUUGACUCUCUUAGAGAUCAGAACACUGGAGAGCCUGAUCCUGAUGAUAUAUCUAGAGUGCAACCUAAGGGUCACAUUAAUACAAAGAAAAAUCUUAUGACUCUUAAUGUUUCCAAAGUAGACCACAAUGUCCCAAGGCAUCGGUGUAUGUUAUGUAACAAGGAAUUUCUAGGCGGUCACAUUGUAAGGCAUGCCCAGGCUCAUCAGAAAAAGGGCAGUUUUUCGUGUGUGAUAUGUGGUAGAAAAUUUAGAAACAGAGGACUUAUGCAGAAGCAUUUAAAGAAUCAUGUUAAGAAAAUACAAAGACAGCAAAUUGCAGCGGCUCAACAGGAGGACCAGGAAAUCCCCGCUUUGGAAGAAAUAAAUUGUUCCGAUGCUUUCAUUUCAUUUGAGAAUGGGAAUUCUGAUAAUAAGGAUUUGGAAGCAGAGACAAUUACUGCUUCCAGUGAUGGAAGCAAAGAAGUCAUCCCUGCACAUGUGGCUGAAUUCCUUGAAAUUCCCAUCAGUGUAUCAGAAGAUGUAAUUGAAAACAUGAUGGAAAAUGGGAGUCCUGAUACUUCUUUAAAUAAUGUCUCAGAACCUUUGCCUGUGUGUGAGGAUGACUACGAGGAGGAAGAGGAUGAAGAGGGUGACUAUGAAGAAGACGAUUAUGACCUGAAUCAAGAAACUUCAGUACUUCAUAAAAUCAAUGGAACUGUGUGUCAUCCAAAAGAGAUAUAUGCUACAGAUCAAGAAGGAAACUUUAAGUGCCCUGCUCUUGGUUGUGUCAGGAUAUUUAAAAGAAUUGGAUUCCUAAAUAAACAUGCAAGGACUGUACAUCCAACUGAUUUAAAUGUGCGGCAAACGGUAAUGAAGUGGAGCAAAGGAAAAUGCAAAUUCUGUCAAAGGCAAUUUGAAGAUUCUCAACAUUUUAUAGAUCACCUUAAUAGACACAGCUACCCAAAUGUGUACUUUUGUUUGCAUUUUAAUUGCAACGAGUCAUUUAAGUUGCCAAUCCAGCUUGCUCAGCAUACAAAAAGUCACAGGAUAUUUCAAGCUCAGUGUAGUUUUCCAGAAUGUCAUGAGCUUUUUGAAGAUCUUCCUCUGCUCUAUGAACAUGAAGCUCAGCACUAUUUGAGUAAAACACCAGAAUCCUCUGCACAACCAAGUGAGACAAUUCUUUGGGAUGUUCUUACAGACUCAAAUCCUAAUCAUCAGGAAAAAGACUCAUCUAGUAAUGAGAAACAAACUCUCACUCUGCCAGUUUCUACUAGCAAAUCAAGGAAAGAUUCCACAGAACCAAAGACGUGUACAGAAAGUAUGGAGAAGAAAACAGAUGGUUUAGUUCAGAAUGGAAAUGAACAUUCUGACGACACUGUCUCUGAUAUAAGCUUGAUAGACCAAAAGAUGCCUGACAUAGAGCCAAAUUCUGAAAACAAUUGUAGUAUUAGUGAUUUAGUCAAUGGACACAGUGGAAUAGAGCAGACACCUUUAGUUUCGUCAGAGCCUGCUUUGAAAACGGAUACAAACAGAAUCAGGACAGAAAAUGGUUCCGUUUUGCCCAGUGUUGUACCACAAGAACAUAAUACCCUGCCAGUAUCUCAGGCACCUUCCAAACCAAAUCUGACAAGUGAACAUACUUCAUAUGGCUUAAUUUUAACAAAGCCGUAUGUGAGACCACUGCCUCCCAGUUACCUUGAUGAACGGUACCUUAGUAUGCCAAAACGCAGAAAAUUUCUGACUGAUAGAGUAGAUGCCUGUUCUGAUCAAGAUAACGUUUGUAAAAAAUCCAUGAAAAGAUUAAGAUGUGGCAAAUGCCUGACCACCUACUGUAAUGCAGAAGCACUUGAGGCUCACCUUGCACAAAAGAAAUGUCAGACACUCUUUGGAUUUGAUUCAGAUGAUGAAAGUAAGUCUUCUAUUUUCUCAGUAGAUGUUAUCUGUAAAAAUAGAAAAUGCCAUAGAUCUUUAUGAGGUUAAGAAAGUUAGUAUUUGUAUAGCACAGAUAAUAAAGCACCACACCAUACGUUAUUUCUCUCAAUACAUACAACCACUAUGGGAUGAUAUUACUAUUCCUGUUUUAUAGAUCAGGCAACUGAAAUUCACAAGUUAAGUAAUUUGCAUAGGUACAGCCUAUGAACUUGUGGAAGCCAGAACUUGUACACAGUUUCUCAUGCUCUUUGAUCAGACUCUUCACUGUGUCCAAGACAUUUUCUUCAUUGCACAUUUCGUGUAAUAAAAAUUUUAGAAAUAAAGUAAUUAUGAUGGAAAUGUUUUUCAUCUGCAUGCCAGAGUAUAAAUCAAGUGAAGCUGAGCUUCUAUUACAGAAAGGUGAAAAAGAACCAGAAAAUAAUUGAAAAAAAUGAGCAAAAGAAGAGUUUGCUUUUCUACUAAUAUCAAUAUUUAUCGAAUGAGUAAAGGGCUAAAACAGGAGUCUAACUUAGAAUUCCAGUUGAACUAUAAAAUUUGAAUUAACAGACAUGUUCUG